AUGGCCUCGCGACUCUUUUCGCGUGGGCGUGCGACGGCGAGCGCUACAAGGAGAACGUGGCUCUACGCCGCCGGAUUGACCACCACCACCGGCCUCGGGUACACCCUCUACUCGUCCCAAUUCGGAUCCCACGCCUCGGAGGAUGCUUUGCUCCCUUCCGAUCCGCAGUCGCUGUACCUCCAGGCCAGGGCAUUGCGUAUGGACUCGUCCUCGUCGAGUGAACUCAAUUCGGUCGAAGUCGCUGCCGGGAGACCUUCGUCGACUUGGACGCCUCCUACUCGUGCCGAGAUGCUCAAGGCUCUUGGCGCGGGGUCCAAGGCUUCCCUUGCUUCUUCGGCUUCGGACCUCUUUGGACUGCGAAACGUCUGGGACAAGGCCCUUUCCUCGGCUUCGUCGGCGUUGAGUUCGUCGCCACACGACUCGGAGCCCACUUUCGAAGCGACGAGUGCACCCGGUCAGACCGAUCAUGAGGAUGGCGAAUUCGACUUGCUCGUCGUCGGAGGUGGUGCAACGGGCGCUGGCGUCGCUUUGGAUGCGGCCAGUCGUGGGUUGAGGGUCGCUUUGGUCGAACGAGACGACUUCAGUUCGGGUACGUCCCCCACCUUCGAUCCCUUUUUCUUCCCCUUCAUCUCUCACUCCACUCUACUUUCAUAGGCACCUCCUCGAAAUCGACCAAGCUCGUUCACGGUGGUGUGAGGUACUUGCAAAAAGCCGUCUUUGAACUCGAUUACGAGCAGUACAAGCUUGUCAGGGAGGCUCUGCACGAACGCAAGACCUUCUUGUACACCGCGCCUUACCUCAGUCACCCGUUGCCGAUCAUGUUGCCGAUCUACAAGUGAGUUGCCCUUUAUUGGUUUGGAAUCGCCAAAAGGGUCUGACCUGUGGGGCUCCCCUCCCGCAGAUAUUGGCAGGUCCCGUACUAUUUUGCGUAAGUCUACGAGUCGUAGCCGUCAAGACGACUCGGGAACUAAUCACGUUGUGCAUACAUUUAACUCAACACAGCGGAACCAAGAUGUAUGACAUCCUCGCCGGAUCCGCGAACAUGGAAUCGAGUUAUCUGCUCGGCAAGGGCAAAGCACUUGAGGCCUUCCCGAUGCUCAAAGCCGAUGGGUUGGUCGGCGCUGUCGUCUACUAUGAUGGUCAGCCAGUGCGAUGAUUCCGACGAUGAGCUCAAGACAAUUCGCUGAGACUUUGAUACGCUAUCGCUUCCUCGGACAGGUCAACACAACGAUUCGAGGAUGAACAUGGCCUUGAUCAUGACCGCCGUGCAAUACGGUGCCGUCGCGGCGAAUCAUGUCGAAGUGACCGAGUUGAUCAAGGAUCAGAAUGGACAAGUCAAGGGAGCCAAGAUGAGGGAUGUGUUGACGGGCAAGAAGUGGGAGACGAAAGCCAAGGUGGGCCCUCUAUCCUAAUUCACUGCAGUUACUCAAGCAUGACGGCUGAAAGGGCUUGAUUCGGUCUACAGGGCGUGAUCAAUGCCACGGGACCUUUCACCGAUGGUCUCCGACAAAUGGACGAACCCUCCGUCAAACCCAUCGUUUCCCCCGCCUCGGGUGUCCACAUCACCUUACCCAAUUACUACGCCCCGGCCAAGAUCGGGUUGCUCGACCCUGCUACCUCGGACGGUCGCGUCAUCUUCUUCUUGCCUUGGCAAGGCAACACGAUCGCAGGCACGACUGAUUCGCCCGCUGCGGUUGAGCAACACCCCGUCCCUAAGGAGGAGGAGAUCGAGUGGAUCCUCAACGAGGUGCGCAACUACCUCUCGCCUGAUAUCCGAGUUCGUCGAGGCGAUGUCCUUUCGGCUUGGUCGGGCUUGAGACCUUUAGUAUCCGACCCGGAUGCGAAGGAUACGCAAUCCCUCGUGCGCAACCAUAUGAUCAACGUCUCCUCCUCUGGACUGCUCACGAUCGCAGGAGGGAAAUGGACGACUUACCGCGCGAUGGCGGAGGAGACCGUCGAUAGGGCCAUUCAGGAAUACGGGUUACAGCCGAUGAGGGGAUGCGUGACGACCAAGUUGAGGCUAUUGGGUAGCCAUGGGUGGAGCAAGAUGAUGUUCAUCAAGUUGAUUCAGCAAUUCGGGCUCGAGGUGAGUUGAGGGUCUUGGGGCCAAAGUGGGGUGUGUGGAACCAAUUCUGACAGAAGCUGUGCUCGCCCCGGUCAGAGCGAUGUGGCCAAACACCUUACAGACACCUACGGUGAUCGAGCCUGGGCGGUAUGCUCCAUGGCCGAACCAACCGGCUUACGUUGGCCCGUGCACGGAAAGCGCCUCGACCCCGUGUACCCCUACAUCGAAGCCGAAGUGACAUGGGCCUGCCGAAGAGAAUACGCCGCCACCGCCGUCGACGUCAUCGCUCGAAGAACACGUCUCUCCUUCCUCAAUGCCGAAGCCGCACUCGAGGCUCUACCGACCGUGAUUGAUAUCAUGGCCAAGGAACUGGGGUGGUCCAAAGCGCAACAGAACCAACAGUUCAAGGACGCGGCGACCUUCUUACACUCGAUGGGGUUGAAGCAGGAGAGGUUGAACAAGUUGACCUUGGACGAUGUGAGGCAGGGCAAGCAUAAGGAGAGGGUCGAGAUUGAGGAUGAGGUGUUGGCCAGGACCGUGUUUUCGGCGCAGGAAUUGUCGCAGCUCAAGAGCAAGUUCAACGAGAUGGACUGUGAGUUUUGAGAGGGCCUAGGUCCAGCUUUUGAAGGUGGAGGUCGAUACUGAUGCGCUUGUGGAAUUGGUAUAUCAGUCGACAAGGAUGGCAAGAUCAACUACAAAGAUCUCAGUCGGACAAUGAGGCGUCUUGGAUUCGCCAAUGUGUCCAAGGUACGUCACCAGCCUACAUUUCGCUAGCGUCGGCGUGGCGCUGAUCGUUGUUGGUGUUGGCCCUCUCUAGGAAACCGUGUCCAACAUCAUCCGCGAGGUCGACGGUAACCGAGAUGGCAAGAUCACGCUUGAAGAGUGAGUUCCUCACCUGAAAACACUCUCUGGGGUCACACUCGGGACAGUGCUGACGCGUUUCACUUCUGAUUUUCGUUCCCAUCAGAUUCCUCGACAUGGCAGCUGGAGUGAAGGAGCUUUCGUUGACGAACGCAUUCACCGAUAUCGUCGCCAAGGUCGCCGAGAAUCCCAACGACGACGGCUCGAAGAACGGCUUGACGUACGAGGGCAAGAACUCGGCCAGGAGUGGUGGAGGUGUAUGA